AUAGAUGGACUCGCAUGCAUGUGUUAUCUGCUUCGUGCGAUAAUUCGCAUUCUAAAUUUAAAAUCCGAAUGUGAUUUUGACAGUUUUGUGAAUUGUGUUCUUUCAAAGUUGCCAGUUUUUCUGUUUGAUCAAAGAGGUUUAAUUUAAAAAGUUUAACUGUGUUUAUUGUAUACAAUGAAUAUGAUAAUGAAGAAGCUACUUCUGCUAUUCCUGACACUCAGCACUGCAGCAGCCUAUAAUAUCCUAUGCAUCCACAACGUGCCUUCCAAAAGUCAUUUCCAGCUGUUGAAGGGCAUUGUCAAGCCAUUGCUGGAGGCUGGUCAUCAGGUGACAUUUGUAACAACAUACCCCCACGAGAUCCAGCAUAACAACCUCACGGUCAUCGAUGCAAGCAGUUUAAUGAAAAUUGUUGAUGGUAUAGAUGCUAUGGAAGGCCAGAGGUUCAAGAUUAAUGUUGGGAUGUUUGCGAAAAAUAUAUCAACUCAAACUGCUGACAACCCAAAAGUUAAAGAAAUAAUUGUGAAGAACAACUACGACGCAAUAGUAACUGAAUGGUUCUUUUCUGAACUCGAAUCUGGAUAUGCUGCUGUCCAGCAGGUACCAUGGAUAAUGCUGUGCGGAACUGUAAAGCACUCCCACUUGGAAUACCUGACAGACACAGUCAGAUCUGUGUCCACCGUUCCUGAUCUCCUAAACUAUCUACCAAUGCCGCUUUCGUUUUGGCAGCGGAUUGUCAAUAACUUCAUAUAUGUUAUGAAGACUUUAGACUUUUGGAAAAGUUUCCCUACCAUAAAGUCUGACUACCAGACAUAUUUUGAACCACUAGCUAAAGCCCGCGGUAUUCCUCUUCCACCCUUCGAAGAUGCCCACAGAAAUAUUUCCAUCAUGUUCGUGAACUCCCAUCCAUCUUUUGAUCCAGUGAGGGUUAUGCCACCGAACGUGAUUGACAUAGCUGGAUACCAUAUAGAAGACAAAACGCCGGAGUUGCCUCAGGAUCUCCAAACAAUAAUGGACUCCUCGCCUCAGGGUGUGAUAUACUUCAGCAUGGGAUCCGUACUGAAGUCCUCAAUGUUAACGGAGGAGAAUAAGAGAGGCUUGAUUCAAAUGUUCUCAGAGCUUCCUUACACGGUGCUGUGGAAGUUUGAAGCUAAGCUGGAGGGUUUACCGAAAAACGUGCAUAUUAGAUCCUGGAUGCCGCAGACGAGUAUACUAGCUCAUCCGAACACCAAGGUAUUUAUUACUCACGGAGGACUUCUGAGUACUUUGGAGGCGCUUAAAUAUGGAGUGCCAAUGCUGGCCAUCCCGGUGUUUGGAGAUCAGCCAGGAAAUGCCCAGAGGAGUGUGAUGUCGGGACUGGCACUCAAGCUUGACUUCUCUCACGACCUUGGGCCAGGAAUGAAGAUAGCUUUGAAGGAGUUACUGACUAAUGACAGUUAUUACAAUACGGCGAAGUCAACAUCUGCAGUGUUCAACAUGAGACCAGUUCACACCUCGACUCUUAUCACGCAUUACAUAGAGCUGGCCAUCGAGACGAAAGGAGCGUUCCAUCUCCGGUCGAAGACAAACCUGUACGCGUGGUGGGAGCACAUGAUGUUAGAUCAACUCGUUUUCAUACUUGCAGUUUUGUAUCUACUAAAAUACACCGCGCACAAGAUUAUUAGUUUAAUUAACAAUAAGACUAGUCAUACUAAGAAAAACCAAUAGCUAGAUAAUAACUAUUAAGUGGAGACCAUUUUGAGAUUGCGAUGUCACUUGAGAGCACUGACCUCUACUAUUAACCACUGGAUUGCCGGCUGUCAAAGUGCUUUUGUGCCUGUUUGAUAUUCGUCAUUUUGGCGCUGUUGGCCAUCACAGAGUACAUUAUAUAAAAUAGGUAUAGAGGUGUCAGUCAAUUUCAAGGCGAAAGCGACAUCGCGUGGGAAGUUGACGAAACUUUCCUCGGUUAUACCUACAUAUACGUAUAACAUAAAUACCUGUAUUAUGGUUGUUUUAAUUGUAAUAUUAUUUUUACACGGGAAUUCCGCCAUAAAUUUAAUGGCAGAAUUACUAAAAUUAGGAACUUAAGUUACAAUAAAAAAACAUAUAAUUUCCAUCUUUUAUUGUAAUACUGUAUAGCGAAUAUUUGCAUUAUAUCCUCAUCGUGCGUCGAAAUUGCUCCUUGAAGUAUUUUAUUGAUGUUUCUGCACAUAUAAAAUAUAUCAUAGAUACAGUAAA